GACUCUCUAUACUGAAUGGUUGUUGUUUCUCAUCUCAUGUUUAACUAUCUUUACCAAACAAAAUGAAGGAUCUGAUGAUGUUAAUCAAGUCUUCCCCUUUUGCGGAAGUUCAAAGCAUUAUUAUAUACUGCAAAUUUCAGUAUGAAACUGAUUUGAUAAGCAAAUACUUAAGCGACAACAAUAUUCAAGCAAUGAGUUACCACAGUGGUAUACCCUUAAAGGAUCGAAGUCGUAUUCAGGAAUCAUUUUGUUCCAACAAGAUAAGAGUGGUUAUCCAUUACACUUUACCAGAAAGCUUGGAAGAGUAUGUUCAGGAGAUUGGACGUGCUGAACUCGAUGGUAGAUUAUCUUAUUGCCAUCUCUUUUUUAAUGAUAGCACAUAUUUUAAAAUUCGUAGUCUAACAUACAGUGAUGGUGUAGAUGAAUAUGCAGUCAGCAGAUUCCUCUCUGAAGUUUUUACUAAUGAAUUGGAUUCACAUGGGAAAAUUUGCUCUUUAGUCAAAGAGCCUGCAUCGCGUAAAUUUGAUAUGAAAAAAGAGGUGAUGCUGACCAUUCUAACACAUUUGGAGUUGGGUGAAGUGCAGUACUUGCGUCUGCUUCCACAAACAAAUGUAACCUGCACCAUAAAUUUCCAUCAGGAGACAGUUCAGUUGCUUCUUUUUCAAAUGUGGAAGUUUCUGCUUCUUUUGGGAACGGUGAAGACUUCCAAAAUGCAAGGAGUAUCUCAGAUCGAGAAGAGCGUUCUACAUUAGAGGAAGAUACAUUGCCAAAUUCUGUUGUUGAUAGGGUGAAUGUUGUAGAGGUUCCCAAUCAGAGCUCAUUGGAUACAAUAUCAGAAAUAGAAACUGAAAAUGGUCAUCUGGGUAUGCCUGGUUCUGAGUCUGAUGUUGGUUCCCCAGAUACAAGGAGCACCAUAGAUGAGUUACCAGAGCCUUCUGUUGCUACUGCAUUUGAUAAGGAUAUAACUGCUUCAGUUGCAGAGCAUGACACCUCGAAUGGUUGGAACUAAAAUGUGUAGUGGGAGUAGUGGGUUAUUCCUGUAUUAUGUAUGAAAUUAAAUUAUUGACGUUGGAUUAGACUUGGUUCUUAUGGAAUUUGUAAUAUAUAUAUAAUUGGACGUUCAAUAUUAAUUUUUUGGAUGGU